CUAUCCUCUGCAACUCCAACUUCAGCAGCCACCAAUCUCCAUUUCCAUUCCAAAAACCUCUCUGAAUUCCGAAACCCAUCUCUGUUUUUCUCUUAUUAAGGCUAUGGCAGCAACCUUUUUGAGCCCUGUUCCAGCCUUUUCUCUUGCAGCAAAGCAAGGGGAUACUGCUCGUGUCCCCAUCACUAGUCCUACAAGUGAUGGGCAUGGCAUUUCUUGUUCUUCUGUUUCAGCCUUGCCUUCGGCUUCAAGAAAGAAAAGAAACACCAGUCUUGUAGUUUCUGCCACUGGAGAAACUCUUACUGGUGUUGUUUUCCAGCCAUUUGAAGAGGUGAAGAAGGAGGUCUUUGUUGUACCUAAUUCUCCUCAAGUUUCUCUUGCUCGUCAGUACUUUGUGGAUGAGUGUGAAGCUGCCAUUAAUGAGCAGAUCAAUGUGGAGUACACAGCUUCCUAUGUAUACCAUGCCAUGUUUGCCUACUUUGACAGGGAUAACAUUGCUCUCAAAGGCCUAGCCAAAUUCUUCAAGGAGUCGAGUGAAGAAGAAAGAGAACAUGCUGAAAAGCUCAUGGAAUAUCAGAAUAUACGAGGAGGGAAAGUAGUACUUCACUCUAUACUGACACCCCCUUCUGAAUUUGAGCAUGUUGAGAAAGGAGAUGCAUUAUAUGCAAUGGAAUUAGCAUUGUCUUUGGAGAAGUUGACAAAUGAGAAACUGCUGAGCUUGCACAAGGUGGCAGACGAGAACAAUGAUCCACAAAUGGCAGAUUUCGUCGAGAGCGAAUUUUUAACCGAACAGGUUGAAUCCAUUAAGAAGAUAGCAGAAUAUGUCGCUCAACUGCGGAUGGUUGGGAAAGGCCAUGGAGUAUGGCACUUUGAUCAGAUGCUCCUCAAUUAGGGUCAUGCUGCAUGAUGUGGAAAUACAAUCUGCACCUGUUCUUGGUUUAAGUCCGUCGCUAUCGCAGGUCUUGGAUAUCUUCUCUGGAGCGUCAAUGCGUUGAGGAUAAUAAAUUGUCAGUGUAGAUGAAUUAAUGUAGUGAAAAGCUGGUAGCUACUUUGCUUUCAAUAAAAUGAGGCAACAAUUUAAGAACA